GUGGCGGCAAGACUGUCAUGGCGCGGGAAAACGAGCAGGCAAGGAGACAAUGGACCCAAGCAACAGGUGGCAACGUGUGGAGGAAUAUUGAUCCGUCAGCGUGAAGGCAAGACAGAGAACGCCACCACUCUGACAUGUGAUACAGCUCUUCGCGCGGCAGCUCAGAGGGUGAGGAGAAGGCAUCAGAGGGUGGCGAGGCGGGGCAAGGAGGGGCAGGUGUUAAGUCGUCACUGGUUUUGCAGUAUUGACCACCCCACUAGUGUUAGCGAGGGAGGGAUCAGUGUUACAGUAAAGAGGCAGUUCGAACAUACGCCGGAAAGAACCCUGAAGAGCUCGUGUUGAUUGUCUCACGCCUAUGCUGACACAGGCAAGAAGAGGAGCGAAGGCAGCUGUGUGUGCAGUUAGAGGAACAAGGGCAGCUGUGUCAGGUGUCUUCUGCAACCAGUUGAGCCCAAGAACAAUGACUAACGAACGCACCUGUAAUGGCGAGGUCGUCACCACGGCAGGGACCAAGAGAGGAGCCCUCAUUGUGAUGGAGGGAUGUGACCGCACUGGCAAGACCACACAAGCAAAGAAGCUGGUAGAAAACAUGAACGCUAAAGGGCAAAAGGCAGUGUUCAUGAGAUUCCCUGAUCGCACAACCCAGAUAGGGGGCCUCAUUGAUGGCUACCUGAGCCAAGGUGUAGACUUGGAGGAUCAUGUUAUUCACCUAUUAUUUUCUGCUAAUAGAUGGGAAUUUUUGCCAAAGAUGAAGUCUACUCUGGAAUCUGGUACUUCGAUCAUCAUUGAUAGAUAUGCUUUUUCUGGAGUGGCCUUUUCAGGUGCUAAGAAGGGACUUGGUCUAGAGUGGUGCAAAGGCAGUGACGCUGGCCUCCCCAAGCCUGACGCUGUACUGUUUUUGGACCUUCCACCAGAAGCUGCCGCUGCUCGUGGCCAAUACGGCAAUGAACGCUACGAGAAGUUGGAGUUUCAAGACCGGGUUUACCAGAACUAUAUGGCACUAAAAGAUGCUACUUGGAAGAUGAUUGAUGCAAGCAAGAGUGUUGAGGAGGUUGAGAGUAGCAUUACAGCAGCAGUAGAUGAAAUUGUAGAGAGGGAGAAGUCAGGGACACUUCCAGUCCUCUGGAACUGAAACCACUUGUGCAACCAAAGAUAAAAUACAUUGCCAGCCAUCCCAAAAUGGUCAUAUAUUCAUCUAGGAAGGAGGCCCUCAAUGUGAAGUAGGUCAAGUACAACUUUUAAGUUUUCUUUGAGGUUACAUAUUUUCAGCAUGAAUAUAUUUACUGGUGUUUUAAGGAGAAUUUAUUAAUAAAAAUUUUAAGCACA